GAGCCGGGCGCCGGGCUGCCGCGGGAGCUGCAGCCGGGAGUGUGCGGCACGCGCUGACCGGCUGCCCUAAGCACGGUCACCCGCGUCGCUGCAUCUCAACCCCCGCCCCGCCGGGCCGCGCGCGCACAUCAGCCCGUCUUCCUCAUUUGCUUCUUACGAUUUUUUUUUUUUUGCAUGCAUCCUUUUUCUGUUCCGUUUUGUCCUUUUUAAGGCGGGGGCGGCGGCAGCGUAAGCUCUGGGCGGGGAGGGGGGCGGCCGGAGGAUGCGGUGCGGGGCUGCGCUCGCUACGCCCGCUGCUGCUGCUGCCCGGCUCGGGCCUGAGCACCGAGCAGGUCAUAUUUCUUGUUAAACUGGUCUGAUGUUUCCAUUUCUCCCAAGCUGCACCUCAGAAUACGCUUUGGAAGACACAUCUUCUUUUUGGAAGUUGGCGGGGCUGCUCUGUGGGCCAGGGCAGCUGGGAUCCCAAGUGAUGGUGGUUUACGCAGAGGAGCUGAGCCCUGUGAGACUGAUUAGUGCGGUGGAGCUGGGAGCGGCGCCUGCUGGCUGGCGGGAGUGAGCACAGGAUCUCAGCGUUUCAACCUGAGAGGAAGCAUGUCUAAGAAAGGCCGGAGCAAGGGCGAGAAGCCUGAGAUGGAGGUGGACGCGGUGCAGAUGGCCAACGAGGAGCUGCGGGCCAAGUUGACCAGCGUUCAGAUCGAGUUCCAGCAGGAAAAGAGCAAGGUGGGCAAACUGCGCGAGCGGCUGCAGGAGGCCAAGCUGGAGCGCGAGCAGGAGCAGCGGCGACACACGGCCUACAUCUCGGAGCUCAGGGCCAAGCUGCACGAGGAGAAGACCAAGGAGCUGCAGGCGCUGCGCGAGGUGCUUAUCCGCCAGCACGAGCAGGAGGCAGCGCGCACGGCCAAGAUCAAGGAGGGUGAGCUGCAGCGGCUGCAGGCCACGCUGAACGUGCUGCGCGAUGGUGCAGCCGACAAGGUCAAGACGGCGCUGCUGGCCGAGGCGCGUGAAGAGGCGCGCAGGGCCUUCGACGGCGAGCGCCUGCGGCUGCAGCAGGAGAUCCUGGAGCUCAAGGCGGCACGCAAGCAGGCGGAGGAGGCACUCAGCAACUGCAUGCAGGCCGACAAGGCCAAGGCGGCAGACCUGCGCGCUGCCUACCAGGCGCACCAGGACGAGGUGCACCGCAUCAAGCGCGAGUGCGAGCGCGACAUCCGCCGGCUGAUGGAUGAGAUCAAGGGAAAAGAUCGUGUGAUUCUGGCCUUGGAGAAGGAACUCGGUGUGCAGACUGGGCAGACCCAGAAGCUGCUUCUUCAGAAAGAGGCUUUGGAUGAGCAGUUGGUUCAGGUCAGAGAGGCUGAGCGGUACCACGGUAGUCCAAAGAGAGAGCUCCCACCUGGCAUAGGGGACAUGACCGAGCUCAUGGGUGUCCAGGAUCAGCAUAUGGACGAGCGGGAUGUGCGGCGAUUUCAGCUAAAAAUUGCUGAACUGAAUUCGGUGAUACGGAAGCUGGAAGACAGAAAUACCCUCUUGGCAGACGAGAGGAAUGAACUGCUGAAACGCUCCCGUGAGACCGAGGUCCAGCUGAAGCCCCUGGUGGAGAAGAACAAGCGAAUGAACAAGAAGAACGAGGACUUGCUGCAGAGCAUCCAGAGGAUGGAGGAGAAGAUCAAGAAUCUCACGCGGGAAAACGUGGAGAUGAAAGAGAAGCUGUCGGCACAGGCGUCCCUGAAGAGGCACACUUCCUUGAAUGACCUCAGUUUGACGAGGGACGAGCAGGAAAUCGAGUUCCUGCGCCUGCAGGUGCUGGAGCAGCAGCAUGUCAUCGACGAUCUCUCGCUGGAGAGAGAACGGCUCUUGCGCUCCAGAAGACAUCGUGGGAAGGGCCUGAAGCCACCCAAGAAGCAUGUUGUGGAGACAUUUUUUGGAUUUGACGAGGAGUCUGUGGACUCGGAAACAUUGUCAGAGACGUCCUGCAACACAGACAGGACGGACAGGGCUCCGGCCACGCCCGAGGAGGACUUGGACGACACUACAACCCGAGAAGAGGCUGACCUGAGGUUCUGCCAGCUGACCAGGGAGUACCAGGCCCUGCAGCGAGCCUACGCCCUCCUUCAGGAGCAGGUGGGGGGGACGCUGGACGCCGAGCGAGAGGCCCGGACUCGGGAACAGCUCCAAGCUGAUCUGCUGAGGUGUCAGGCCAAAAUCGAAGAUCUGGAGAAGUUACUGGUUGAGAAGGGACAGGAUUCCAAAUGGGUGGAAGAGAAGCAGCUGCUCAUCAGGACAAACCAAGACCUGCUGGAAAAGAUUUACAGGCUGGAAAUGGAAGAGAACCAGCUGAAGAACGAAAUGCAAGACGCGAAGGAUCAGAAUGAGCUGUUAGAGUUCAGAGUGCUAGAGCUCGAAGUAAGAGACUCUAUCUGUUGUAAACUCUCAAACGGAGCAGACAUUCUCUUUGAGCCCAAACUGAAAUUCAUGUAAAG